GUUCUAAAAGUUUUACCGUAGUUCAUACCACUUAAAUAUAAAAUUUUGACCAUAACUUUGUUAGUGUGUUUGGUUGUUACUUGUUCAGUACAUUUUGUUUUUGUGUUUGAUUUUUUUUGUUUUAUUUUUCAUACCUACUUUUGGCGGUUCAUCCAAUUAUCUUUGCAAUAACUAAUUACUAUAAAUAUAACUACUCCUUUUUUUUGUAUUUUUUGUGUACUCAUUCUAGUUUUAUAUUAAUAAUGAUGAACAACAAGGAAAUAAUUGCUCUUCGAGAUCAUUUGGUUGACCACGACUACUUCCUGCCAGUUGUAUAUGAAGAUGAUCAUAAAGUGCAUGAAGAAGAAGUAUUCGAAGAAGUUGAGGUAUUGGAAGAAGAAGAGGAAGAGGAACAAAUUGUCGGAGUGUCGGAAACAUAUACUUUGAUUCCUGGAGUUCAUAACAGAUCAAGGAUAAAUGUUCACAACUUGGGAUUCAAGUAUUACAAACGACAUGUCCGAGGACACCGCGUGUAUUUAGUAUGCGAACGACAGAAGAAACGGAACCAGUACUGCCCUUCCACUGCAACUGUUAGUACAAAUUUGAAUGACAAUAGAAUUCAUCUAUGGUACUACCACAAUCUCCAGUCCGGAGUGAUUGACCUGAAUUUGCCAUUUUUGAGAGAAACCAUUGGUGAAAGGGGAAUUGAUCCAGCAGUUACAACAUCAUUUAUGAGAACUUUGUACAAUAAUGAAAUUAUCAACUAUCCAGAAGCACCUCCAAACUACACAUUUAUUCAGGCUCAAGAACGAGUGAAAAAGAUGAGACGUCAAAGAUUUCCAGGACAACCCCUUGACAUUGGGCAACUUGCAGUUGCACUGAAUGAAGCACGUAAAGCCAUUUACGCUUCUACAGUUCAAAAUCCCCCAUCUAGGUUCUUUCAACAAACAUUAGUCGUCGAUGGAAGGAGUGUUGGUGUGAUCUUCGCGAACAUGGAUGCAAUUGACAAAUACAGAGAAGAAUUGGCUACGGUGACAUUGGUUGGGAUUGAUGGGACGUUCAAGACUGUGCCUCGUGUUCCAGCAGAUUUAAAAUGUUUCCUUACUAUCCAGGUUGUUUUCAAAAGUGUUUCCUUUCCAAUGGUCUAUGCUCUUCUGGGGAGUAUGACUGAAGAAGUUUAUGCAGCUCUGUUUAAUUUAACCUAACCUAACCUAAUAAGAUGUAGUGCUUACAGAAUAUGUUGGUUCAUGUUGCAUCCUUGUCUUAUAUGUUUGUGUACAUAUCAUUUAUGUCAUGUGUAAACCACCUAACAAGAAGGAGUUAAUGGUCAGAGAAAGAAACUGACUGUCCUUGAAAACCAGUAUUUCGUUGAAUUUGACCAAGCCAGAAGAAACCUCAGGAUUAGAGAUGGAGCAUCAAGAAGGGAACGAGAGAACACUACCACUGUCGUAGCAGGCCAUGUGCAACGACUCAACC